UGCGUGUAUACACCACUGGGAAGAUGGCGGAGUCCGAGGAGCCAAAGGCAGCUUGCACUUUUCUGUUUAAAAAAUCUUCUAAAAAAUUCUGUGGACGAAAGAGGAAAGCGAGUGACAGUGACAAAGAUGCCAACAGCGACGAGGACCAAAAUGUUGUGGUCAGAAAAGAAAAGAAAGAUACUCGAGACAACCCUAUGAUACAAAGGAGCAGGAAAGUGGAGAGAGAAGCUGUAUCGUCCAGUGAAAGUGAUGAAGAUAAAGAGGGCAAGAUCACCGUUGCGUACAGGUCUACACGGUCAGCAAAACCAGAGGGACCCGAGGACAUGGGUGCCACUGCAGUUUAUGAGCUGGAUACGGAGAGAGACAAGGAUGCCCAGGCUAUCUUUGAAAGAAGUCAAAAAAUACAGGAGGAACUGUCUGGCAAAGAGGAUGAUAAAAUCUACCGGGGAAUCAAUAACUACCAAAAGUUCAUCAAACCAAAGGACACCACCAUGGGCAAUGCAUCCUCUGGCAUGGUUAGGAAAGGACCGAUCCGGGCUCCUGAACACUUGAGAGCCACAGUCAGGUGGGACUACCAGCCCGACAUCUGCAAAGAUUACAAGGAAACUGGAUUCUGUGGUUUUGGAGACAGUUGCAAGUUUCUUCACGAUCGCUCAGACUACAAACAUGGCUGGCAGAUUGAGCGAGAGCUGGAUGAGGGCCGAUAUGGAGCCAAUGAUGAAGAGAACUAUGAGGUGAGCAGCGAUGAGGAAGACUUUCCCUUUAAGUGCUUUAUCUGCAGGGAAUCCUUCAAGAACCCCAUUGUCACAAAGUGCAAGCACUAUUUUUGUGAGACCUGUGCUCUUCAGCAUUACCGCAAGUCCAAACGCUGUUAUGUUUGCAACACACAGACCAAUGGUGUUUUUAAUCCUGCUAAAGAGCUGAUGGCCAAACUCCAGAAACAGCAAACUUCAUCAGACCAGCCACCAUCAGAUGAGAAUUAGCUGCUUUGAAACCAUUUUCCAACCCCCCCCCCCACUUUUGCGUUUUAGUUGUUAUCAUCUCUGUCAGUGUGAACAGCUUUUGAAUAAAGUGCUUUUCAAAUAAUCAUUUUCAUUUGGUGCCAUAGACUUGAGAAGUUUAA